UAGAUCUAGUCCCGGGUGCCACGUAACCCAGAGAUGUCAACCCUUCACGUUCGAACAUGGCGCGUGAAUCAUUUCAAUGUCGAGAAGUGAACUUCGAAGUCGCCGCCUCCUCCUCUCCCUUCCCUCCACCGUACUCUCUACAGUGUGAGGUAUAAACGGCCUCCUAACUCGAAUAUCCCUUUCUCUCUUUCUCUUUUAAUGGCCUCCUUUCCCUCACCAACCUCUUUUCCGAGAUCUGAUCCUCCGUCAUCGCCGUAGCCAUGCCAUCCCAUUCUCAUUCUCUGAAGCUCAGCCAUCUCUCUCGUCCAGGGCUUUUCCGAUUGCCAAAACCGGUUUCGCUUUCUGCGCCCACACGCUUUCGUUCCGCAUCGCCUUUUUCGCUUGAUCUUAAGUUAAGUGCACCGAUUGUUCGAAGACAUGAGUGCCGAUUACGAGACAGGCUUGUUCGAUUUAAGGUCUUCGAUGAGGAUUCAGUGGGUAUACCAUUCCUUGAUGACUGGAGCGACGGUGAUGGGGCGGCUGGGUACGUGCUUUCAUCCAGUGAGGAUGAAGAGAGCGAUGAAGAAAUUGUGAUAUAUCCUAUUACUGAUGAUGAUAUGCCUAGAGUUAGGGUGUCAGCUGAUGAGGCUUUUGCAAUGACUACUCAACGGUUUGCAAUGCUUGGAAGAAAACGCAGGAAACAAAGGAAUAAAUUUGGGGUUUUAAUCAGUGUUGGACUCAUAAUCUUCUUGUCGGUGCUUCUUUUAUUCGUGGAUUGGUGUGCGUGGCGGAUUGUCAGGCUGCCUUUAAAACCAUUUUAUUUGACCCGCCCAUUUCUUAUAUCAGCCAUUUUAGUCUCUUGUGCCGGCUAUGUUUGUGUCCCGUUACUGUAUAUGUUAAAGAUCCAUCAAAUAAUCAGGAAUGAAGGGCCUGCUAGGCACUCCUUAAAAAAGAGAACUCCCACGAUGGGUGGAUUAUUUUUUGUUCCUAUUGGCGUAACUGUUGCAAGAUUCAUUGCUGGUUUUUCUUCCACUGAAGUGUCUGGAGCAGCGGUAGCAACUCUAGGAUUUGCUGCAAUUGGGCUAGUCGAUGAUAUCUUAACCAUCAUCAAGAAUCAUAAUAGUGGCUUAUCAGCAUGGGUAAAACUUUUGUUGGAGGUAGCUGUUGGGACCGGGUUUUCAUUUUGGUUGGUAACCACAAAUAUAUCGUCACCCUACAGCAUGAAAAUGUUGCUUCCUCUACCUGCACCAGUAGGACUUGUGUGCCUGGGAAAAUGUUAUCUCUUGUUGACUUCAUUUUGUUUUGUUUCCAUGGGGAAUGGAGUUAACUUAACAGAUGGUCUUGACGGGCUGGCUGGAGGGACUGCUGCAUUGGCUUUUAUAGCAAUGUCAAUCGCGGUGCUUCCAAUAUGUUCUGACCUUGCUAUAUUUGGGGCAUCAAUGGCAGGAGCCUGUGUUGGUUUUCUUUUGCACAAUCGAUACAGAGCAUCUGUAUUUAUGGGUGAUACAGGGUCCUUGGCAUUGGGUGGGGCAUUGGCUGCAAUGGCUGCUUGUACUGGAAUGUUCUUUCCAUUAUUUAUUUCAUCUGGAAUAUUUGUCAUGGAAGCAUCAUCAGUUAUUAUACAGGUAUGUCAUGCUGGGGUCCUUUUCUCAUCCAUUCCAGGUAUUGUACUUCAAGACAACAAAAAUUUUGUGGGGAGCUGGGCGGCGUGUGUUCCGAAUGGCACCCCUUCAUCAUCACCUUGAAUUAAGUGGGAUCAAAGAACCUAUCAUUGUUGCAGGCGCAUAUGUUAUAUCAUCCGUAUUGGCUUUAUAUGCUGGCUAUGUCGGUCUUAUUUCGGCAUAACACCAGAAAAAAAGCCUAGUCGCCAUCUCAAUGAUCUCAUUCGUUGUACUCAGUGUCACCAAAAUCACUCUUCUUUAUUUAAUUCUUUACGAUCUAUUACUUCGAUGUGGAAGUUUUGUUUCCAA